AUGUCAAUGCCUCUAGCAAGAACGUUCGUAGUGAUGAGUACCUUGGAUCUUCCCUCUCUGAAAUCGUCGAUCAGUCUAUCUCUCUCUGCCGGUUGCAAGUCUCCAUGCAAAAUUGAGACCGCGUGUCCCUCUUUCUUCAUUCUAGUGUACAGUUUCGAAGCCGUGUCCUUGGUCUGGACAAAAAUAAUAGACGACGCAAUGGUCAGCAGUCCGUACAGCUCGCAAAGCACCUCGAACUUGUGCUGCUCCGAAUCGCAAUCCAUGUACAAUUGUUUAAUGGCGUCCACAUUCAGCUCCUCUUGCUUAAGCUCCAAAGAGUUGGCAUGCGGAACAAAAGUUUCAGAGUACUUCCGCACGUCGUCUGGGAACGUAGCAGAAAACAGAACCAGCUGA